UUUUCCUAUUUACUGAUAUGACAGACAAGCAAGAAAAGAAACCAGACUUAGGUCUAUUGGAAGAAGACGAUGAGUUCGAAGAAUUUCCGGCAGAAGACUGGACAGAAGAAAAUGAAGAUGAAGAAGAUAUAAAUGUUUGGGAAGAUAACUGGGAUGAUGAUAAUUUAGAUGAUGAUUUUUCAGUACAAUUGAGAGCUGAACUGGAAAAGCAAGGAAAGAAUGCAGAUGGAAGUGAACCAAUGAAAACAUAGUGUUUCUUAUACUUAAUGUUUUGUAUGAAUGAGAAGAUUGUGUCAUGAUCCAUUGUAUGUUUGUCAUAAUUCAUGUGUGAAUGUAGCAAUAAAAAUGGAAAAUGAAGAAGA